AUGAAUCAUGGCCAACCAAACCCUUUCAUCACAAUUGAGAAUAUUCAACGGAGCAUCUCUGAAUGGUCAAACAAGUCAAGCUUGUUGACCAAAAGUCAACAAGGUGUGAUUAAUCAAGAACCCCGCCCUGGUUGGCAACCCCCCAACCCCCAACCCCCCCCCCCCCCCCCCUUUGUAAAAGUUAAUGUGGAUGGAGCAUGGGAUGAAGAAAGUCAUCAUAGCGGGGUUGGAAUCAUUAUCAGAAAUCACAGGGGACACUCUAUUGCUGGAGCAAGCAUCCACGGAAGCCACAACUCUGCCAUUGAAGUGGAGGCUGAGGCAGUGGUUAAAGGCCUCCAGCUCGCUGCACACAUGAAUCUUCAGAAGAUCAUUGUUGAAGGGGACUGCAAUGAAGUCCUAACUGCCCUCAACAAUUCAUCCUGCCAUCCAAACUGGAGAAUAUCCCCUAGUAUCGACAAGAUCUCUCAUUUAAAAACUUUGUUUGUCGGGAUCAAUUGGAAUUGGAUCCCUCGUGAAGCUAACCGUGUUGCGGAUGUAGCGGCUAAGCUUGCCAAAUUGAGGUUGCGCUCUCAUAAAUGGGCCAACAGGCCUCCAACCUCUAUUGUCUCCAUUCUCAGAAGUGACGACGGUCUUCCAGGACCUCCCUGUAGCUAG